AUGGCUGAAAUGUCAGGAGCAAAUGGAGUGGCCUUGAAUAUAAAGGAGGAUUUGAAUGAGAAGCACAUUCAAAAUUCUCCAGACUGGUUACCUUUUAUACAAAAGGUAAUUGCAGAGAUUUUGGGUACCUACUUCUUGAUUUUUGCCGGUUGUGCCUCGGUGGUGGUGAACGCCGACAAGGACAAGGUGAUAACCAUGCCCGGAAUCGCAAUUGUGUGGGGACUUGUAGUCAUGGUUAUGGUUUACUCAGUUGGUCAUAUAUCUGGUGCACAUUUUAAUCCGGCUGUAACCAUUGCUUUCGCCUCCUGCAAGAGGUUCCCAUUGAGACAGGUCCCGGCAUAUGUUUCUGCACAAAUGAUUGGAGCCACGCUAGCUAGCGGAACCCUACGAUUAUUGUUCAGCGGAAAACAUGACCACUUCGGCGGAACACUUCCGACCGGCAGCAACAUGCAGUCUUUUGUGGUGGAAUUUAUAAUCACAUUCUACCUCAUGUUUGUCAUAUCUGGAGUUGCUACCGACAACCGAGCUAUUGGAGAACUUGCGGGAUUAGCCGUUGGAGCGACUAUUUUACUUAAUGUGAUGUUUGCAGGGCCAAUAUCUGGGGCUUCAAUGAACCCAGCAAGGAGUUUGGGCCCAGCAAUAGUGUCCAAUAAAUACAAGGGAAUAUGGAUAUACAUAUUGGCCCCAACUCUUGGGGCUGUAGCAGGUGCUUGGGUCUACAAUAUCAUCAGAUUCACAAACAAGCCUUUAAGAGAAAUCACCAAGAGUGCUUCUUUCCUCAAGAGCUCGGCUCGGAAUGGGCCCAACUGA